CCCCACACUUCGCGGCUUCUUCAUGCUUUUUCUUCUCACCAUUUCUGGCCAAAACUACAAACAAGACUUCACAGAUCGAGCCUGCGUGCUGGUGGUGCUGCCGAAGCAGGGCGCCGAGUCCAUGCGAACCGCUGCCAUCUGAUCCGCUCUUAUCAAUGAAGCAGCCGAUCAUGGCGGAUGGCCCCCGGUGCAAGAGGCGCAAACAAGCCAAUCCCAGGAGGAAAAACGUGGUGAACUAUGACAAUGUAGUGGACACGGGUUCUGAAACAGAUGAGGAGGACAAGCUUCAGAUCGCUGAAGAAGAUGGCAUUGCUAACCCACUGGACCAGGAAAGGAGUCCAGCCAGUAUGCCCAACCAUGAGUCCUCACCACACAUGAGCCAAACUCUGUUGCCAAGAGAGGAGGAGGAAGAUGAGAUAAGGGAGGGUGGAGUGGAACAUCCCUGGCACAACAAUGACAUUCUGCAAGCCUCUGUAGAUGGUUCAGAAGAAAUGAAGGAAGAUUAUGACACUAUUGGGCCAGAAGCCACGAUUCAGACCACAGUUAACAAUGGUACAGUUAAGAAUGCAAAUUGCACAGCUGACUUUGAGGAAUACUUCGCCAAAAGAAAACUGGAGGAACGCGAUGGCCACGCAGUCAGCAUCGAGGAGUACCUUCAGCGCAGUGACACAGCCAUUAUUUACCCAGAAGCCCCUGAGGAGCUGUCUCGCCUUGGCACACCAGAGGCCAAUGGGCAAGAAGAAAAUGACCUGCCACCUGGAACUCCAGAUGCUUUUGCCCAACUGCUGACCUGCCCCUACUGCGACCGGGGCUACAAGCGCUUGACAUCAUUGAAGGAGCACAUCAAGUACCGCCACGAGAAGAAUGAAGAGAACUUUUCCUGCCCUCUUUGUAGCUACACAUUUGCCUACCGCACCCAGCUCGAGCGGCAUAUGGUGACGCACAAGCCUGGGACAGAUCAGCACCAAAUGCUGACCCAAGGAGCAGGUAAUCGUAAGUUCAAAUGCACUGAGUGCGGCAAAGCCUUCAAAUAUAAACACCAUCUGAAGGAACACCUGCGAAUUCACAGUGGUGAAAAACCGUACGAGUGCCCAAACUGCAAGAAACGAUUCUCCCAUUCUGGUUCCUACAGUUCACACAUCAGCAGCAAGAAAUGCAUUGGUUUAAUCUCUGUAAAUGGCCGGAUGAGAAACAAUAUCAAGACGGGUUCUUCCCCUAACUCUGUUUCUUCUUCUCCCACUAAUUCAGCCAUUACCCAGUUAAGAAACAAAUUGGAAAAUGGAAAACCACUUAGUAUGUCUGAGCAGACAGGCUUACUGAAAAUUAAAACAGAACCACUAGACUUCAAUGACUAUAAAGUUCUUAUGGCCACACACGGGUUUAGUGGCACUAGCCCCUUUAUGAAUGGUGCACUUGGAGCUACCAGCCCCUUAGGAGUUCAUCCGUCUGCUCAGAGUCCACUGCAGCACUUAGGUGUAGGGAUGGAAGCCCCUCUACUUGGAUUCCCCACAAUGAAUAGUAAUUUAAGCGAGGUACAAAAGGUUCUACAGAUUGUGGACAACACGGUUUCCAGGCAAAAAAUGGACUGCAAGGCUGAGGAAAUUUCCAAGUUGAAAGGUUAUCACAUGAAGGAUCCAUGUUCUCAACCUGAGGAACAAGGAGUUACUUCUCCUAAUAUUCCACCAGUAGGUCUUCCGGUAGUGAGUCAUAACGGUGCCACUAAAAGUAUUAUUGACUAUACAUUAGAAAAAGUCAAUGAAGCCAAAGCUUGCCUCCAGAGCUUAACUACUGACUCCAGGAGACAAAUCAGUAAUAUAAAGAAAGAGAAGCUACGUACUCUAAUAGAUUUGGUUACUGAUGACAAAAUGAUUGAGAACCACAACAUAGCCACUCCAUUCUCAUGUCAGUUCUGUAAAGAAAGCUUUCCAGGCCCCAUCCCCUUACAUCAACAUGAACGAUACCUUUGUAAGAUGAAUGAAGAGAUCAAGGCAGUCCUGCAACCUCAUGAAAACAUAGUCCCCAACAAAGCUGGAGUUUUUGUUGAUAAUAAAGCCCUCCUCUUGUCAUCUGUUCUUUCUGAGAAAGGAAUGACAAGCCCCAUCAACCCAUACAAGGACCACAUGUCUGUACUUAAAGCAUAUUAUGCUAUGAACAUGGAGCCCAACUCUGAUGAACUGCUGAAAAUUUCCAUUGCUGUGGGCCUCCCUCAGGAAUUUGUGAAGGAAUGGUUUGAACAACGAAAAGUCUACCAAUAUUCAAAUUCCAGGUCACCAUCACUGGAAAGGAACUCCAAGCCGUUAGCUCCCAACAGUAACCCUCCCACAAAAGACUCUUUAUUACCCAGGUCUCCCAUAAAGCCUAUGGACUCCAUAACAUCACCCUCUAUCGCAGAACUCCACAACAGUGUGACAAAUUGUGAUCCUCCUCUCAGGCUAACAAAACCUUCCCAUUUCCCCAAUAUUAAAGCAGUUGAAAAAUUGGACCACUCAAGGAGUAAUACUCCUUCUCCCUUAAAUCUUUCUUCUACAUCUUCUAAAAACUCCCACAGUAGUUCUUACACUCCAAACAGCUUCUCUUCUGAGGAGCUCCAGGCUGAGCCUUUGGACUUGUCAUUACCAAAACAAAUGAAAGAACCCAAAAGUAUUAUAGCCACAAAGAACAAAAUAAAAGCAAGCAGUAUAAAUUUAGACCAUAACAGUGUUUCUUCAUCGUCUGAAACUUCAGAUGAGCCUCUAAACUUGACUUUUAUCAAGAAGGAAUUUUCAAAUGCAAAUAAUCUGGACAACAAAAGCACUAAUCCAGUGUUCGGCAUGAACCCAUUUAGUGCCAAACCUUUAUAUACAGCUCUUCCUCCACAAAGCGCAUUUCCCCCUGCCACUUUCAUGCCACCAGUCCAGACCAGUAUCCCCGGGCUUCGACCAUACCCAGGACUGGAUCAGAUGAGCUUUCUACCACAUAUGGCCUAUACCUACCCAACUGGAGCAGCUACUUUUGCUGAUAUGCAGCAAAGAAGAAAAUACCAGCGAAAACAAGGAUUCCAGGGAGAAUUACUUGAUGGAGCACAGGACUACAUGUCAGGACUAGAUGACUUGACAGACUCCGAUUCCUGCCUGUCUCGAAAGAAGAUCAAGAAGACAGAGAGUGGCAUGUAUGCAUGUGACUUAUGUGACAAGACAUUCCAGAAAAGCAGUUCCCUUCUGCGACAUAAAUAUGAACACACAGGCAAAAGACCCCACCAGUGUCAGAUCUGCAAGAAAGCGUUCAAACACAAGCACCACCUGAUCGAGCACUCGCGGCUGCACUCGGGCGAGAAGCCCUACCAGUGUGACAAAUGUGGCAAGCGCUUCUCACACUCGGGCUCCUACUCGCAGCACAUGAAUCACAGGUAUUCCUACUGCAAGCGGGAGGCGGAGGAGCGGGAAGCGGCGGAGCGCGAGGCGCGCGAGAAAGGGCACUUGGAACCCACCGAGCUGCUGAUGAACCGGGCUUACUUGCAGAGCAUCACUCCUCAGGGUAAUUACUCGGACUCGGAGGAGCGGGAGAGCAUGCCCAGGGAUGGCGGCGAGAGCGAGAGGGAGCAUGAGAAGGAAGGCGACGAGGCCUACGACGAGAAGCUGGGGCGCCCGGAGGGCGACGAGGAGUUCGAGGAGGAAGAGGAAGAAAGUGAGAAUAAAAGUCUAGACACGGAUCCCGAGACGAUACGAGACGAAGAGGAGGCCGGAGAGCACUCCAUGGACGAGAGUUCCGAGGAUGGGAAAAUGGAAACCAAAUCAGAUCACGAGGAAGACCCGAUGGAAGAUGGCAUGUAAUAAACUAC